GGUAUCUGCGCUCUGAUUUUCAAGCCCAUUAAUUCUAUACUCACCAUUUCAAUGGCACCUACGCUUGAAGAACAACAAAAACUCACUGAUGAGUGCACUGAACUGCCUCUUUCUCUCCCAAAAGAGAAAGGUUGGAGAACCCUUCACCUCUAUCAGUUCCAAGGCUUUUGGUGCCAGUCAGCUGAGAUCCAAUCCAUUAUGUCUUUCCAAAAGCACUUCCAAGCUAAUGACACUGACAUAGUGGUGGCCAGCAUUCCAAAAUCAGGCACCACAUGGCUGAAAGCCUUGGCUUUUGCUGUUUCGAACCGGCACCGUUUCGUUCCAAACUCAAAGAGCCAUCCUUUGCUCAAUUCAAACCCUCAUGAUCUUGUGCCUUUCCUUGAGUACAAGCUCUAUGCCAACAACCAGCUCCCUGAUCUCACCAACAUUUCUGAGCCAAGACUCUUUGGAACACACAUACCCUUUGCUUCAUUGGGAAAUUCCAUACAAAAUUCUGACGCAAAGAUUGUUUAUAUCUGCAGAAAUCCACUUGACACAUUUGUCUCCUCUUGGCAUUUCCUUAACAAAGUGAAACCAGAAUCUGGAUCCCCAAUCUCCAUGGAGGAGGCCUUUGACAUGUACUGCAAAGGCAUUGUUGGGUUUGGUCCAUUUUGGGAUCACAUGCUUGGGUAUUGGAAGGAGAGCUUGCUGAGGCCUAACAAGGUGUUGUUCUUGAAGUAUGAGGACAUGAAGGAAGAUGGUGCCUUUCAGUUGAAAAAACUGGCAAAGUUUUUGGGUUUCCCUUUUACUUUGGAGGAGGAGAGAGGUGGUGUGGUUGAAAACAUUGCAAAGCUUUGCUGUUUUGAGAACAUGAAGAAAUUGGAGGUUAAUAAAAUUGGGUCUUCUAUUGGGAAUUUUGAGAAUAAAAACCUGUUUAGAAAAGCUGAGGUGGGAGAUUGGGUGAACUAUUUGUCACCUAAGAUGGUGGAGAGGUUGUCCAAAGUCAUAGAAGAAAGGUUGGGUGGUUCAGGUUUGGGAUUCGAAGUGUUUCCAUAGGGGCCUGCAGUGGUUUUUGGAUAUUUGUCUGCUUCGUUUUUAGUGAAACCAAAAGGUGGAUGCCAAAUCUCUGUCUCAAAAAGAAGGGGAUUGUGACCUCAAUUGUGAAAUGUAUGCAGUGCAAAUCUUUUCAUUUUAGUUCCAGACAUGUUGUGUGCUUUUCCUUUCAUAUGCAAUCAUUAUAAUUCCAUUAUUGUGGCAAAUAAUCUAAAUUUGAAAGAGAUAUAAAAUUGUAUUUAGUUGAGUU